AUGAAACCAGAAGCAUGUUUUGCCUUUUCUUUGUUACUUUGUAUUCUCAGUUUUGUUGUGGGAGUUCUUGUGAGUGGUGGUGGUGAUUAUAACAGAAGUGAUUUUCCAGUUGACUUUGUUUUUGGUUCGGGUACAUCUGCUUAUCAAGUGGAAGGAGCUGCUGAUGAAGAUGGAAGAACUCCUAGCAUUUGGGAUACCUUUGCUCAUGCUGGUUUUGCACAUGGUGGAAAUGGUGAUGUAGCCUGCGACGCGUACCACAAAUACAAGGAAGAUGUGCAGCUCAUGGUUGAAACAGGCCUUGAUGCCUAUAGAUUUUCCAUUUCUUGGUCCAGAUUGAUACCAAAUGGUAGAGGACCCGUCAAUCCCAAGGGACUUCACUACUACAACAAUCUCAUCAAUGAACUCAUUACCAAUGGUAUCCAGCCACAUGUCACCCUACACAACUAUGAUCUUCCACAAGCACUUGAAGAUGACUAUGAAGGAUGGCUUAGUCGUCAUGUCAUAAAGGACUUCACGAACUAUGCAGACGUGUGUUUUAGAGAAUUCGGAGAUAGAGUCAAAUAUUGGACAACUGUGAACGAGCCAAAUGUCUUUGCCAAGGGUAGUUACGGUACGGGAAUUAGCCCACCUCAACGAUGUUCUCCUCCAUUUUGUAUGAUACCGAGUUCUAAGGGAAACUCAACAUUUGAACCGUACCUGGCUGCACAUCAUAUUUUGUUAGCUCAUUCUUCGGCUGUGAGAUUGUAUAAAAGAAAGUACAGGGAGCAACAACAUGGAUUUGUUGGUAUCUCUCUAUAUACAUUUGGGACAGUUCCUCAGACAAAUACAGAGAAAGACAGGGCAGCAUGUGAACGAAUCCGUACUUUUAAUUUUGGUUGGUUUAUGGAACCCUUGUUGCACGGAGACUAUCCCAAUUUGAUGAAGGAAAAUGCAGGCACAAGAAUACCGGCAUUCACAACUCGUGAAUCUGAACAAGUUAAGGGUUCCUACGACUUUAUUGGAAUUAUUCACUACAGCAAGUUUAAUGUAUCAGACAAUUCUGAUGCCCUGAAGACAACACUAAGAGAUAUAAGUGCAGACUCAGGUGCAAAAAUACUCGGUGUAGAGGAUAUACUCGGAGACGCAGAGUACCCAAUGGCACCAUGGGCUUUACAAGAAGUGCUGGAAACAUUCAAGACCCUUUAUGGCAAUCCACCUAUGUUCAUUCAUGAAAAUGGCCAACGGACAGUAAGCAAUGCAUCACUCCAGGAUGUAUCUAGGGUGCAGUACUUGCAUGGAUACAUUGGUAGCGUGCUCGAUUCGUUGAGAAAUGGAUCAAAUGUAAAGGGGUAUUUUGUGUGGUCUUUCCUUGAUGCAUUCGAGUUGCUGGAUGGAUAUAAAUCGAUAUUUGGGCUAUACUCUGUUGAUAGGAAUGAUCCAGAGUUGAGAAGAUACCCGAAGCUCUCCGCAAAAUGGUAUAAGCAAUUUUUGAAUGGCUCAAGAACCUCUCUAGUUGGUGAUAUUGAACUCAAGGAAGGUUCAUCACUUGCUUCUCUUGGACAUUCAUUUCAGUAG